AUGACAGGGAAAAUGAUAUUAGACGGAUGGACUUGGCCGUAGCUGCCCACCAGCAAUCAUCUCCUGUUUCGGACAUUAACAACCGGCUCUUCGACGACGUGCUGAGAGUAUUCUACCAUCCAGGGGUCCUUGAGCUGGAGAAUGGCGCUUCUUUCGCUCUCAUACAAUCUCAAACCGGCGCGGAUGCGGAUCAACUAAGGUUUGUUAUUGGAGCUCAUGUUGCCAUGGGCAACCUUUUCACCACCAUCGAUGAUGGUCACUACAAAUGCUCGUUCAACGGGUAGCAAAAAUGAUCUAUCUGGGUGAUGUUCGCCAUUUGCUUGCACCCAAAAAUCAGACUAACGGAUAGAACCGUCCAAUGACCAGAACGUUCAUUUUCAAUGCCUCCUUAAGUUUUAUAUUCUGUAAUUCAAAAAACCCAUCGCAGUAUUUUUCGCGGAACAAAUAGUCUGUGUCGUAGAAACCUGCCCGACGGCAGCUUUAAAAAUUCCGCAUUUGCUUAGUUUUGCUUU